UUUCCUGCAUGACAAGGAGAGGGGAGGAGAGCUGGGGUGUCGCUAAUGAGCGGAGGAGGCAGUAGCAGCGGCGGUACGAGGCAUCCAGCGGGGAUCUACCCUGAACAUCUGUUGCAGCAGCCCGAGUCGAGCGGUGCGGCCCCCGGGGCGUGUGUGCGGGAGGAUCCUGGGCGCUGCUGCUGUUGUUGCUGCGGAUGUGACCGAUCGGACCGGCUGGGGGGGAGAAGCUUGUAGUGAGGGGGGUGCGGCUGCUCUUGAGCAGCAUUUUGGCAGGAAAGCCCAGAUUGCAGCAGCAGCAGCUCCUGCCCAUGGAUGAGCCCACACGGUAGGUAGGAGAGCAGAGCAGCCUGGCGGCGGGAUUAGCGGUGGAUUUGCACCCUCCCCCUCCUCUUAUUUUGCCGUUACCAGCAGGAGCCCAAUGAAUUCAGCGGCUGCCGCAGCGCUGCGAGUGCAAUAGGGGAGCGCAUGGGCGCUAAAUCCUAAUAUCCCCGCACUCUAUAGGGACAUGCAGAGGUGUCACUUGCACUGACUGAGCCGCAUCUUGCCAACCACACGGCGCACCUAUAGUUUUAGAUGCUAAUGCUCCUUUUUUUCUAGCCUUCCUCAUCUUAAUGCAUAAGAAUCGCCUACACUUGUCUGCCAGUCUGUGCCCUCAUUGCCCACCCUAGUUACACCUCUGCUGGGAGCCACCCCACCCACAAGUACCUUGUCCCACCAUGGUUGUGUUUAAUGGCUUGCUGAAAAUUCGGAUUUGUGAGGCCACCAACCUGAAACCCACUGCUUGGUCCCUGAGACAUGCCGUGGGCCCCCGACCCCAGACCUUCCUGCUGGACCCUUACAUUGCUGUCAAUGUGGACGACUCCAGGAUAGGACAGACCUCCACCAAGCAAAAGACCAACAACCCCAGCUGGCACGAUGACUUCUCUACGGACGUCUCCAACGGCAAGAAGAUCGAGCUGGCGGUCUUCCACGAUGCCCCCAUAGGCUACGAUGAUUUUGUGGCCAACUGCACCAUCCAAUUUGAGGAUCUACUGCAGAACGGGAGCCGACACUUCGAAGAUUGGAUUGAUUUGGAGCCUGAAGGAAAAGUAUAUGUUAUCAUCGAUCUGUCCGGGUCCUCAGGUGAAGCACCCAAAGAAAAUGAAGAGCGAGUAUUCAGGGAACGGAUGCGGCCCAGGAAGCGGCAGGGUGCCGUGCGGCGCAGGGUCCACCAGGUUAAUGGACAUAAGUUUAUGGCAACCUACCUUAGACAACCAACCUACUGUUCCCACUGCCGAGAUUUUAUAUGGGGAGUUAUAGGAAAACAGGGAUACCAAUGUCAAGUUUGCACGUGUGUAGUUCACAAGAGGUGCCACGAACUCAUAAUAACCAAGUGCGCCGGCCUAAAGAAACAGGAGACCCCCGACGAGGUGGGAUCUCAGCGUUUUAGUGUCAACAUGCCCCACAAGUUUGGCAUCCAUAACUACAAAGUACCCACCUUCUGUGACCACUGUGGUUCCUUACUCUGGGGCCUCAUGAGGCAGGGUUUGCAGUGCAAAGUCUGUAAAAUGAAUGUUCACCGGCGCUGUGAGUCCAAUGUAGCACCCAACUGUGGCGUGGACUCUCGGGGCAUAGCAAAAGUAUUAGCAGAUCUUGGCGUCACACCAGAUAAAAUCACAGCGGCUGGGCAGCGAAGGAAAAAGAAAAGAAACGCCUUUAUAUUUUCGCCAAUGCAGUUAAUUGCAGGAGCUGAGACACAGCAGCCUGUUCCUGGGGGUCCAGUGGUGGAAGAUGAUCGGUCAAAAUCUGCGCCAACUUCUCCAUGCGAUCAGGAAAUCAAAGACUUGGAAAAUAACAUCAGGAAAGCUCUGUCGUUCGAUAACCGGGCAGAAGAGCACAAGUCGACGGCUACGGCCGCCACAGAGAACCAGCUGAGCAGCACCGGGGAAAAUGGAGAGAACGGCGAGGUGAAACUGCACGAGAACAAGAGGACAGGCCUGGAAGACUUCAACUUCAUCAAAGUAUUAGGAAAAGGCAGUUUUGGAAAGGUUAUGCUGGCCGAACUGAAGGGCAGGGAUGAAGUUUACGCUGUAAAAGUCCUAAAGAAAGAUGUCAUUCUGCAAGAUGAUGAUGUCGACUGCACAAUGACAGAGAAAAGGAUUCUUGCCUUGGCGCGGAGGCAUCCUUACCUGACCCAGCUCUACUGCUGCUUCCAGACAAAGGACCGCUUAUUUUUUGUCAUGGAGUAUGUGAAUGGAGGGGAUCUAAUGUUCCAGAUUCAGCGCUCUCGUAAAUUUGAUGAACCUCGGUCGCGGUUUUAUGCCGCAGAAGUCACCUCAGCCCUCAUGUUUCUUCACCAGCACGGUGUUAUAUACAGGGACCUUAAACUGGAUAAUAUUCUUUUGGAUGCAGAGGGUCACUGCAAACUGGCCGACUUUGGGAUGUGUAAGGAAGGAAUAUUGAAUGGCGUCACGACAACCACCUUCUGCGGAACGCCAGAUUACAUAGCUCCUGAGAUACUUCAAGAGUUGGAAUAUGGACCAUCAGUAGAUUGGUGGGCUCUGGGUGUUCUAAUGUACGAGAUGAUGGCCGGUCAACCUCCCUUUGAAGCAGACAAUGAAGACGACCUCUUUGAAUCCAUCCUUCAUGAUGAUGUUCUGUACCCAGUUUGGCUCAGUAAAGAAGCCGUCAGCAUUUUGAAAGCAUUUAUGACAAAGAAUCCCAAUAAAAGAUUAGGCUGCGUGGCCACGCAGGGCCUGGAGGAAGCCAUCAAGCAACACCCGUUUUUCAAAGAAAUUGAUUGGGUACUUCUGGAGCAAAGGAAAAUCAAGCCUCCUUUCAAACCACGAAUUAAAACCAAACGUGACGUAAACAACUUUGACCAGGAUUUCACACGAGAAGAACCUGUGCUAACACUGGUGGAUGAAGCCAUAGUAAAGCAAAUCAAUCAGGAAGAAUUCAAAGGCUUCUCGUACUUUGGUGAAGAACCACUGCCCUAAGGAGACUGUGGCUGCUUCUCCAAGCAGGCGUUUUAAGGAGUCACCAUGGGACUGAGAUUCAAUGGAUUCUUACGGUCUUGUUCUACUAUGAGCCUACACCCAUGUAAAGAGUUUAUUAUUUAUUGCCUGUGUUUAUUUGUUUUGUUAUUUCUCAAAGGCACUCCUAAUUUCUCUUACAGAGCAAUGCAAAUCGUUUAUUUCUUAUGUUUAAGAAACUAGCUGUAACACACUGCCGUGACCACAGUAUACUAGAAAACCUGAUUUUUUUAAACAUUUAUUUUUGAAUAGUACGGUUGGGGGCAAAAAACUUGUUCAAAAAUUAAUUUCUGAACACCGAAUACAAAAGAGAACAGGACAUUACCGAAAGGUUCUACUGACCUCAUAAUUUUAACUAAUAAACUUGCCCACGAUGGCAAGAUGCUUGGUGAAUUAAGGGCAUGUCCAACUAUGCCAGGGUGAAACUAAGAAAGCUCAGGUAUGUGGCUUAUUUAAUGCUAUUCCAGGAAUAAAUGCUGAGAGAGAUAUAUAUUUAUUAUAUAUAUCAUUUCCAUGGUUCUACUUAAACCACUGCCAUGGGUCUGUACCCUAGAAUCAAAGUAAAAUGAUUAUACGCUGUGGGUGCAUAUGGAGGACCUUCCAGAUCUGUGAGUUUUUCUGUGAGUCAUGGCAGAUGAUAUAUAGAUACGCCAGGUCUAGUAACCCAUAGUAAACAUUUAGGUUCAGACAGGUGACUGGUACGUGGUACCUGUUCUGGUGAUUAUGGGGUGCUAGAGCCAAGCAGUGCCCUUGGGUCUUGGUUUAAUCUGAAACCUCAAAGGCUUUGGAGAGAGACAUUUCAGGACUGGAUUUAGGGUAAGGCAGAGGCUGAAUUGGCCUUGGGUCCAUAGGAUCUAAAAUCCCUUGCGACAAAAUCAUAAAUAAAAUCUAAACAACUUAUUAUAUUUUGACAUAACAGUUGUUGCACUACACCUUUGGAUGGGUGUCCCAGAUGUCCUACAUUACCUGGACCACCCUGGCUUCUUUCAGCUAUUCUCUGGACAUUAUUUUUAGACAUCAAGAUGUUAAUGAAACAAGUAACUGGGUUUGCUGUUAUUUACACCUAGAUGUCUACACUCCAUUGACUGCCUCUUUAAAGUAGGAUGUCCAGACCUGUUGUGUCAGGGCCAAUCAGCACUACUUGUCGUUAGAACUAUUGCAUUCCACUCUACCGGUGAUAGUUUUACCCCUAUCACAUAUGGGCCACACACUCGUCCUGGAUAAGCAGAACAGCUCUUAGAUUCGCUCAUCAUUUUCAUACAUUUUGAAUACUACAUCUACCUUUAGGCAAUUGGUAGGUCAUUCAUGCUCUCCAUGAACUGUUCUUUAACAAAUUAUCAAAAAGAGCAACUUGCCAUAGAGGGAUGAUCUCAGCACAGGUCAUGAAGUAACUUCCAAAUUUGGUCAGGGAAGCCAUAAUUUGGCCGGUUGAGUGGUUCUCUUCUACUGGCUGAGCAGGAACUUUAUCUUAUAUUCUAUUAAGAUAUGCAUAUAUUUCCAUGCCUGCAUGCAAAUGAUUCCCUUUAGGUCUCCAAUGGCCUUAUUAUUAUGUAGUAUUAUCUUCUGGCACAGUAGGAAGAUCCGUAUUGGGACAGUAUUUCUCGGUGGGGCAGUGUUGCACACCAUUCAUACCACUACUGUUUUUAUUAUCCUAUGUCUUACUCAUAGGAUGUUCUAGUUUAACAGCAGCUGGAGGGCUGCAGGCUUAACGCCUCUGAAAGUUUCAGUAUCAAUAUAUGACAAGUAUUAUAAUUUGUUUUUUUACUAAUGUUUCCGUUGCUGGUCCUGCUCAGCCUUGAUCCUAAAACCAGUCUUUGAUUUGUCUCACCUAAAUGGCACUGGUUUGAUUUAUUGUAACCUGUCAGCUGGGGAUAAAAUGGUUUCACAAUGGGCUUAGAGAAUAGCAGGGCUGAAGAAUGCCUAUGCUCUACUAUUGACUGGCAAUCGCCUUGCAACCCAUCUUUGAGGUCCCCCCCAACGUAUUUAAAUGAGUUUAUGCAGAAUAAAAAAAUAUAAUAAUUUAAGACUUAAUGGACUAUUUAAAAUUCUCAAAAAGAACUAGAGGCACCCUACUAGAAUAGUGUGGUCUUGAUCAAAUAUUACAAACUGACAUGGAAAACCAACUGACUAUGAAUUUGCACAUGGUGCUCACCGAGGUUGCGGGACCUGCUGUGCAAACAGUGUUACAUGCAUGUGCAGGAGGGCCCUGCCGUGUGUACUUGUAUUACAUUUGAUGAUCUACUUUACUGGACUGAAUAGCGAGCAGCGAAUGAGAUCCAUGUCAAGGAACAUGGCCGGAUCCCCGCUGCUUCUUGAAAAAAAAAAAAAAAUACUUGCAAGUGACAAAGUGGCACGAAAAGAAGAACUAUUAUUAUUUUUUGUUUUUGUUUUCCCUUUUUGUACAGGUGAUAUUUUUUGUAAAUAGUGUUUGCUGCAAGGCCUGUGGAGUCUAAAAUCAUUAUAGAGGUUUCAAACUGCUGCAUGUUAUAAAAAAAAAACGUUAGUUCAUGGAGACAAAAAAAAACAAAAAACACGUGAUAUUAAGGUCAAUGUGCAAUACUCUGUAUGUGUAUUGGUUCAAGUUUCUGUGAGAUUUAUUUUAAAGCUUCUAUAAAGCUAUACUAGAACAUUGGAACGAUAAGAAAGAACAGGAAGGCGUGGGAGGUAAUGGGCUGGUUGCGCACAAAAGUGCUGGCACAAUGAGUAUUUUUGAAUCUGCAACUACCUAUCCCUAUGUCCCAAUACCCAGGGACCAGUUACCUGAUGUCCCCAAUAUGCUUUUGAACUGUAAACUAUCAGCAUCCCUCCAACUAGGCCCAGAUUUGUGGAAAGGCCACCAAGGAAUGCUGCCCAACCACAUUGGUUCUGAAACGCCAGGGAUUCACAGGCGAUACUAUAGGUUUUUAAAUUUCCCGUGAACCAAUCCCCAUUGCUCUAGUCCCGAUGAUGAAAAUUACGGAAAUAAAGGGGAGGGGAUGGGGCGAUGAAAGGCAGCGCGCCUAGGGGUGCUUGCUAGGUAAAACUGGCCCUGCCACCAACAGCUAAAGACUAACCGCGACGAGGUGCUGGGAGUUGUCCAAAAAGUUGGGGUGUAGGUUGCUCAACCACAUCGACUCCCUUUUCCAUUGCAUUUUGUUCAUUUGCAUUGAAAACAGGCUCCUCCCAUAAUCAUACAUUUACCCGCGUUAUAAAUUGCGUGAUGGCUUUUCUAUUUUAUUUUUAUUCCAUUUUUAUUCGUUCGUUUUUGCAUCUGAUACGUCACCAAGGUCAGGCUGGCAUUCCUUUAAUAAAAGAAAAGAAAAUUAUUUCUAAAUUGGAUUAAUGAUACCUAAUAUUUUU